AUGGAUAGCCUAGAGCAGGAUAUGUCGAGGCCGUUUUUGAACCCAGGACCUUCGGCUAAGUGGAGGGCAGGAAUCAAGAAAUCCUGUUUUAAUUACAUCUUGGUUGAUCCCAGAGUCUCGAAGAAUAUUCCAAAGAGAGUUAAAGUUAUUGGUCAAAAGAAAGCCUUCCUGAUAUUCAUAGAGUCCAUUUUCUAUGUGGGCAAAGGCCAAAAAGCGAGACCUUAUGAACACUUCAAAGAGGCGGCCAAUCAAAGGUCGAAGUUCAAUGCCAAGGUGACCAGUAAGAAGGUGGCGAAAAUUCUUGAGAUCUGGAGGUCGGAUCGAGGCGUGGUUUCCUUGUGUGCCUUCCAAAAUGCCAUCCCAGUCGAGUCAUUCACGAGGGAGGCCUGUAUGAUUGAAGCCAUCGGUCUCGAGAAUCUGACCAAUGUAUGCAAGGGUCAAGUCUAUGGUCCGGCUUCUAAUUGGUCAAAAAGUCAAAUUAAAAAAUUAGGAGCCUGGCUACUGUGGAAAUGUUUCCUAAUCUUACUGAACGAAGGAGAGAGGCAGAUUAGGUACAGAGAUGUCGGCGAUUAG